CAGUUGUAAGACAGGUGCCCUCGGUUCAUUGUCAGUUAGGGGCGCUUCCCUGUAUGAGCGCGAUCUGGAGCGAGUGGAUUGUCUCAUUUUGCCGGUGAUUUAUUUUUUAUUUUUUCGUAGCGUCAUUCAGGGGCUGAAUGGCGUGGGACAGGUGUAAUCAGGAUUCGGUGUGGAGAGAACUAGAGUGUGCUGCCUUGGUUGGUGAAGAUCAGCCCCUUUGCCCUGACCUGCCUGAGCUUGACCUCUCUGAGCUGGAUGUCAGUGACCUCGAUGCAGAUAGUUUUCUGGGUGGACUCAAGUGGUACAGCGACCAAUCAGAAAUAAUUUCCAGUCAGUAUGGCAAUGAAGCAUCAAAUUUCUUUGAGAAGAUAGAUGAGGAAAAUGAGGCCAACUUGCUGGCAGUGCUCACAGAGACCCUGGAUAGUAUCCCAGUGGAUGAGGACGGGUUGCCUUCGUUCGAGGCUCUGGCAGAUGGGGACGUGACCAAUGCUAGUGAUCAGAGCUGUCCUUCCACCCCCGAUGGCUCGCCACGCACCCCAGAGCCAGAGGAGCCUUCCCUGCUGAAGAAGCUCCUACUGGCGCCUGCUAACUCCCAGCUCAGCUAUAAUCAAUACCCAGGUGGCAAGGCACAGAACCAUGCAGCCAGCAACCAACGGAUCAGACCAACACCUGCUGUUGCCAAGACAGAAAACCCCUGGAACAGCAAACCUCAAGGAUCCUGUCCCAGCCGCUCCGUAAGACGCCCUUGCACUGAGCUGCUCAAGUACCUCACCUCUAGCAACGACGCCUUCCAGACCAAAGCCAGAGAAGCCAAGAGCACCUGGGCAGGCUGCAGCCAGGGCAGGAGAGGGGUUUGCACAUCCUCCUGCUCAUCGUCCUCCUCUCCAUCAUCCUCGUCCACCUCCUCUUUCUCAUCUCUGUCUUCCUGCACCUCCUCCACUGCCUCCAAAAAGAAGACGUUCUCUGCCUCCCUGUCAUCACAGCAGCAGCAGCAGCUGGCAGUGCAAGCCCAGCGAGGUGAGAGCCAGGCAGCCGGCGUGUAUAGUGUGGCUGGUGAGGGGGCAGGGAAGUGGCGGCGGUGUACUCACAGGGAGCAAUCCGCCCCCGUUGCGCCAUGUGGCCAUGCUUGCUCCAGUGAAGAGGGUGCUGACCCAGGCAGCUUGGCCGCCACCCGCUUUAUUAGGUACAUGCACUCUUACUCUCUACCGCCAAGAGAGACGGGUCACGCAGGCAGCUGUGGUCAUUGCUUUGAGGCGGGCAGCAGGGCUGAGGCUGGCCCUGCUAGUAGGCAUAUCACAUUGACCAUUAGGAAAUGGAGGCAAGAGCUAGAGCACCCCAUGCUCAGUCAGCUGCUCACCUCCAGACCCAGGCCAGCCCGUUACCGGGCCCACCUGCAGUUGCCCAUAAGGCAUGCACUUUCUGACGAGGCUCCUAGAGUCCAAGAGAGUGAUGGACACUCAGAGCAAGCUAAUCAUGAGCAUGAUAGCAAGACACCCAUUUCACUCAAUCAAACAUUUAGCAUUGCUGACCAGAGUGAUCUAGUGUGUUCAACAGAGCUCAGUCUAGACUUAGAGAACUGGUUAAACAAUACAGAAAGAGAAAGUUUGCGCAAUCUCGUGGGCCAGGUUGGGGGGGAGGAUGUUUUUGAUGAUGUCAUAGGCAGCCCCAUGUCAUUCUCACAGGGCCUGCCAAGCCCAUUGUUCCCAGACUCUUUAGUUCCAGAGCACACCCCAUCCGAAUCACAAGGGCAGCGCCCACAUAAACAGGCACUCUGCAGGCACCUUGAUGAUCAAGUCCCACCAAUGUUAGCCAAACCAACCAUCUUGCCACUUCCUUUGACCCCAGAGUCUCCAAAUGACCACAAGGGAUCUCCGUUUGAGAACAAAACCAUUGAACGCACACUGAGUGUGGAGAUCUCUGGAACCCCAGGUUUGACACCACCUACCACACCUCCUCACAAAGCCAGUCAAGAGAACCCUUUCAAAGUAUCACUCAAAAACAAGCUGUCUUCAUGCUCGUCCUCUGCCCUGUCAAGCAAAAGGCCCAGGCUGAGCAAUGAGGGCUUUUGCCCUCAGCCAACCAGUGGCUCUAUUCGGAAAGGCCCUGAGCAGACUGAGCUCUAUGCCCAGUUGAGCAAGGCAUCCUCCACAAUGCCCCUAGGGGGCUCGGAGGAGCGUUGUGGCAAGCAACCCAUUCCUCGUGUCUUUGCCGAUCAUGACUAUUGCCAGUCUACAAGCACAAAACGAUACAGCACUACUACCACGUCUGCAGUGGUAUCUGGGCCAAUGGAGGACCGGCAUUUAGAAUGUAAAGACUCAAACAUGCCGACCUCCUCUACUACUGCAUCAUCUUUGUCUUCCACCUCCCUUUCGUCUUCCUCUCUGGCCUGGCAGCUUCAGGGCCUUUCACCCACAGCUCAGGAGGCUCAUCCGGACAUGGAUACUCUCAGACAGGACCACAACUCCACGUCAAGCUCCAAAAAUUCAGUAGAUUGCACUUCUGCUGGUAGGAAACUACUUGGGGACCAGAAGAUCCGGGAAGAGCUCAACAAGCACUUUGGAAACCCUCAGCAAGCCUUCUUUAGUGAGAAAGAGGGAGAGCAGAGAGGAACCCAGCUGCUAGAAAACAGUGACUCUGUGGAUGAAUACUCUGGCCUUCUCUGGGACUACAUUCAUCCAGGUCUGUCUGACUUUGAGGAUCUGGAGGUAGGCCGUGAGCACCUACUCGGCUUGGGGGAAGGUUCUCCACAGGAUCUCUCGCCCUGUAGUUCCCCUUCCAGCAGUUCCUUCUCAUGGAGCUCUGUCUCACCUCCGUCCACUCAGCUGACCCCAUGCUGGCCACGUGCCCGCUCCCGUUCCUCAUCUCACUGCAGAUGCAGAUACCUCUCCAGGUCUCCAUACUCCCACUCUGAGUCUCCUGACAGCUGUUCUCCCUCUUGGUCUCCAGACAAUAUGGAUAAUAUCACUUUUAUUUCCAGGAUUUAUAGAAGCCCUCAAUCCCAGUCCAUUUUUGGUCGGAGGCCCAGGUACGAGAGCUACGAGGAAUAUCAGCACGAGUGCCUAAAGCGGGAAGAGUAUCGACGCAACUAUGAGAAGCAAGAGUGUGAGAGGGCUGAGCAGAGGGAGAGACAAUGGCAAAAAGCAAUAGAGGAGAGGCGAGUGGUGUAUGUGGGAUGUCUUCGUGCCGACAGCUCACGCACUGAGCUCAUUUGCCGCUUUGAAGUCUUUGGCGAGAUUGAGGAGUGCACAGUCAACUUGAGACAUGACGGGGACAAUUUUGGCUUCAUCACCUACCGCUACACUUGUGACGCACUUGCUGCCCUUGAGAAUGGACACACCUUGCGCUGGUCGAAUGAGCCUCACUUUGAGCUCUGCCUUGGUGGACAAAAGCAGUUCAGUAAAUCGAAUUACACAGACUUAGAUUCCAAUUCUGACGACUUUGAUCCAGCCUCCACUAAAAGCAAAUAUGACUCCAUGGAUUUUGACAGCUUGCUACGAGAGGCCCAGUACAGCCUGAGAAGGUAAUGAGCACCACAGCACCAGCUGGCUACAAAGAGAGGGAUUUGCAAUACCUCACUGUUGUUUUUGUUCUUUCAAAACAAGACUACCAGAAGUUUUACACUUUAUAAAAGUGGGAAGAAUAUAUGUGUAUGAAAAAAAGUUAUACGUAUAUAAAAGGAUAUAUAUGUAUACCUGCAAGCAAAGUUUACAUGAACCUAGCUGCUGUAAAGCUGAGGAGAGAUAUUACCUUUGGGAAUAGCCAGUGGAGUAGUCUAUUGGACACUACUUUUGUGGACUACUCCGAUCUGUGUGUGUGUGUGUGUGUGCUGUACUGCUGCAUGAGGCUCUGAAAGAGACAUAUCUUCAUCAGAGUUUGCUCCACACACCACAUCACCCUCAGCGCUUUUGAGAGGUGAAAAAAGUGCAGCUUGUUCAGUCUGUUUUUAUCGUUUGGAGUUUAUUUUUGUGUUUUUUUUAUUUUUUAUCCGGUGUUUGGAUGUGGUUACAUUAUUGAUAAGGGUUUGGGGAAAUUUCUUGGAUGUUCAAGGUAACAUUGUCUACAUUUAUUGUGGGAGAAAAAUUUAGUCAACUAUUUACAGAUAUUAUUAAAAAGAAUAUUUUUAUUUCAUGUGCAUAUCAGCAUUGUUUGUUUGUUACAGUUAUGCACUGUAAAAUGCAGCCUUUUUAAGAUGAAAUUUUCUUAAUUGAGAAUGUUGAUCAGUAGUCAUUACAAUGAUGUAUAACCUACAUGGCAUUUAGAUGACAUGAUUUGAUUGUAAAAAUAUGUAUGGAGAUUUAUUGCUCUUUUUAGGGGGGCUUGCAACAGAUUUUUUCUCUAUUUUUCCUUUGUUCUUUUUUCCUUUUCUUUUUUUAGCUCCGUGUGCAGUUUCAUCCGAUUUUAAAGUUAAUGACUCAGUGUUUUGCUUGUACAUGCAGUGUAAGAUAGAUUGUCAUGAGUUUAUGUUCACAACUGUAUAAAAAGAUAAGCCCCAAGAUAUUUUUUUAUCCUUUAUGUCUGAAGGAAUCAAUAGCUUUUAUUUAAUUUCACUGUGCACACGAAUCAUUGUUAUUGUUCCUGUUUGAUAAUACACUUUGACAAAGAGAUGACUAACACAGAGUAACUCAUGCUUAUUUAUGUAUUUAUCUCAGUAUUCUAAUCAAAAUAUUUAUGGCUGCCAUCUCACAUGAUGCGCCUUACAAAUUUUUGCUAUUUAUAUUCUUUGUUAUUCAACAAUCACUGGAAAGGAUGUAAAUUAAAUGUUCUAAGAAAAUAUUGUUUUUAUAUGCCUUCAGAGAUAGAAAAAAAUAUUGUAUGAUCACUUUUUUAGGCUCAUUUUGAACUUUGCUGCUCCAAACUCAAGUGAUUUAUGUGUCCACUUGUUUUCCAGCUCUAAAACACUUCCAUACCCCCUUUUCAUCUCUUUUUUUAUUACAUGAAGCAAUAAAAUUAUUUUGCAGGUAUUUUGUUGUACCACAGAGAAUCUGUCUUUGCUCCACACUUUUUGAUUAUGUGAAUGCCAAACUAAAGUUUACAGUUUUCUUUCCUGAAUUUUUUUUUAAAUAAAAAAUUUAUUUGAAUGAAAAAAAAAAAAAGAAUAAAAAAAAUAUAAUAAUAAUAAUAAAAAAAUAAUAAUAUAUAGGAUGAUAUUGAUCUUGUCAUUACAAUAACUCAAAAUAAUGAAAAGUAAUAAUGGAAUAUGAAAAUGUGAAUAAAAAUAAAUAAAAAAAAGCAAUAAAUUAUUUUUCAAAGCUGUAUUUUAGCUCAUGUUGUUGUAUGUUUUCAGACAUGACUAAUUACCCAGACUCUGUUCAUAUAUAGGGGGUCAGAACACGGAUCGUAAAACCACUCGAAAGAGAAAUUAUCUACCCCUCCAUGUGCAGGCUAUGAAUGCAUACGUGUGUGUGUUUGUGUGUGUGUGUGUGUGUGUGUGGGCGGGUUUGGUUGGUUUAUGAGGAAAAAAAUUAGGUUACAAACUGGUAAUUACAAAGGUAUUAUGCUAUAAAUGUGGUUUAUGAGGACAUUUCUAGUGUCCCCAUAAUUCAAAUCGCUUAAAAACAUACUAAACAAUGUUUUUUUGAAAAUGUAAAAAUGCAGAACGUUUUUUGUGAGGGUUAGGUUUAGGGGUAGGGUUAGGGUUAGGGGAUAGAAUCUAUAGUUCGUACAGUAUAAAAAUCAUUAUGUCUAUGGAGAUUCCUCAUAAAGAUAGCCACACCAAUGUGUGUGUGUUUGUGAGUGUGUAUGUAGGUGUGUGUGUGUGUGUGUGUGUGUGUGUGUACAGUAUGUGUGGGUCUGAAUUAAAGAAAUGCAACAUAAACUAGUUGUUGGGGUAAAAAUCCAAAAACUACAUGGCAAUUCAGGUUUGCUAAAAGUAAAAACCAAUUGCUACAGCAAAACAGCUCUCGUUAUGAGUUCUAGUGAAUUAAAACCACCAGCAAAAGCUGUCUUGUUCUUUGGUGUGGUUUAAAGAUACCUUAGUGUAACUAAUUUAAAUUGCCCAAACACAACAGUACCUAGUCACUCACACUUAAGGUAACCUUGCAGUUUUUGUCAAUUAAUGGCAGUUUUUGUUGUUGUGUUGAACUGUUUUAGAAUAAAAUAACUUACUUUUAUAUACCUUAUAUUAAACUAAAAAAGUCAGAACAACUUUCAAAAGCAGUUAUGGUAUAGAUGAAACUGUCUAAUGUCAGCAAUAUCAAGGGGGUCAAACAUUUUCUACUUAUUUUUCUCUCUGCACAGAGCUUGGGUAUGGAGUCAUGUCCUGUUUGAUAUAUGUGGCUUUAAUCGUUGCAACAUAUAGUAUAUGUUGCAAGUAUGCUUUGUAAAUUGCUGGAGUAGCAAUAUGUUACAACACCUGACUGGGUGUAUCUCGUGGAGUGGCAGAUUUUUUACCACAGUGAAAAUUCUUGAAGUAUUUGCCACUGCUUUGGACAUUUAUUUUGUGUGUGUUUCCAUAAAGAACAGGAUAUAUUGAGGCUGUGUGUGGUUUUGUGUGUGGAUUUGAUAGAGUGUGUGUAUUUUGGGUCAAGGGGACUGUGUUUGGCUGUUAUCUUCUAUUUGUCUCCUAUACUUGUUGCCUUCUGCUGAGUCCUAACCAAUGCCUUUGUUUGUUGUACGUAUUGUACAAUCUUUGUUGUAAUUUUUAAUUUUUAUGUGUAGUUUUCAGCAGCCUCGCCAUGCCAAUAAAGGGAAAUGUGUCUAA